GCGCGACGUGCUGCCUGUGCGAAGCUCCGACACAGGAACACGGUAGCGCGCCAGCCCGCCACCGACAGCCCGUCAUGGUGUCCGUAGGCGCGUGGAGGCGCCGGUCUCCCGACGAAUGCGACGACCGCACCGAGCCCGGGGCCUCCAGCUCGGGAGUGCCGCGCGCGCCGCCCAACUGUGCCCGCUGCCGCAACCAUCGGCUCAAGGUCGAGCUGAAGGGCCACAAGCGCUACUGCAAGUAUCGGUACUGCACCUGCGAGAAGUGCCGUCUCACCGCUGACCGGCAACGCGUCAUGGCCAUGCAGACAGCACUACGGCGUGCUCAGGCGCAGGAUGAAGCGCGCGCACGGGCCGCCGAGCUUGGCCACCCUCCUCCCGGAAUCGAGUUGGAGCGGGGCGAGCCGCCUGUGGUGAAGGCGCCCCGAAGCCCCGUUGUGCCGGCACCGCCGCCGCCGCGCUCUUUGGGCUCCUCCAGCUGCGAUUCGGUACCCGGCUCACCUGGGGUCUCCCCCUUCGCGCCGCCGCCGCCCUCGGUGCCGCCGCCGCCGACCAUGCCGCCCUUGCUGCCUCCGCAACAGCCCGCGGUAUCCCUUGAAACCCUGGUGGAGAACUGUCACAGGCUACUAGAGAAGUUUCACUACUCGUGGGAGAUGAUGCCGUUAGUCCUGGUCAUCCUUAACUACGCAGGCAGCGACCUCGACGAGGCGUCGCGGAAGAUAGAUGAAGCUCACUGGGUGGUGCACCAGUGGCGGCUGUACGAGCGGUCGCUGUGCUCGCUGCUGGAGCUGCAAGCGCGCAAGGGCACGUAUUGCUGCUCCUCGCAGUACGUUCUCGCGCCGGAGUACGGUCAGCAUCUGCUGCCGCUGCAACUCACAACGCAGCGCCAUUCUCCGCCGCCCGCGCACUUGUAGCGGUACGACCACGCGCCGAACUUGGCGGCGCCCGAUCCCACCGAUCCCCCGUCGACUUCGAGUGCGGCGGAAGGUGCCGGCGACUCCUAAAUGGGGCUGCUACCGGCGUGUGUGGGACAACCUUACGCACCAAUGUGACACCACCC